UCUUUGAGACAAAACAUGUGGUACAUGUUAACUUAUGGUAAAAAAACAUUUUCCAAGAAAAGGUAUAAAUAAACAAGACCAGUUAUAGAAAGUGUCACAAGUAAUGGUACUUGUGACAUUUAAUUAGUAGAACUAAUGCAAUUUUCUUCUUUAUAUGUUAUUUUAAUUAGAGAAACAAAUUAAGGGAGACAGAGAUGUAUCAUUCUUCAGUGAAGAGCAUUUUUGUUGAGGAGCAAAAUGAUGUUCCACCUAUUUGCCCUAAACCUAGAAAACUUGGAUCCACUACUACUCUUCCUGAAUUCCUCAAAUCCCUAAAUUGCAAUGAUAACAGCCAGAAGAAUUUUGAUGGAAGAAGUGGGAUUCUCAACAUUGUUGCUGAAAAGACAAGAGAUGGAAGAAAUUCACCAUCAUGUUACUCAGGGUCUCCUCCAGGGAGAACAAGUAAUCCUUUGGUACAGGAUGUACAAUUUAUUCAGCAAAUGGAACAUUUUUCACCUUUAACAAGAACUAAUUUGUCUGAUAAAUUUGGUUUUACCUCUGUCUCUCCAGCUUGACAAAAUACACAAACAUCACAAUUUUUUUCACUAUUUUGUUUACUUAAUGUUAAGAUGUAUGAG